AUGGUGUUCGAACAUCCCAACCUCCAGGUUCCGCCCAACUGCGGCCGGCGGCUGAUGCCUGCCGUGCUCGACGAAGUGGCCGAGAGCGAUCCUCAGCGAGUGUUCGUCUCAGUGCCCAAGAGCUCCAAUCUAGCCGAUGGUUUCAAGGACAUUCCUUAUGGCACGUUCGCCAAGGCUGUGAACAAGUGUGCCUGGUAUCUGCGCGAGCAGCUCGGCGAGGACUCAAUCCCGAAGACCAUUCUCUACAUGGGCCCGCUGGAUGUGCGAUACCUGGUCAUCAUCCUGGCGGCGGCCAAGGCAGGCCACAUGGCCUUCUUCAGCUCGCUGCGCAACAGCUUAGAAGCCCACCUCUCCUUGCUAGACAAGUGUGGCUGCGACACAGUCCUUGUGCCCAGCCGUGCACCGGCCAUCCUCAGCCAGAUCUUUGCCGCGCGCCCCAUGGAGCAGAUCGCGGCUCCCGAAGUGGACUUCUUCUUCGAAGACCUUGACCAAGUGCCCCCGAUCCCAUUUACCCUGACCUGGGAAGAAGCCAAAACCAAGCCCUUCUGCGUCCUCCACACGUCCGGCUCGACGGGCAUCCCCAAGCCCGUCUUCGUUACCUAUGGCACCUUCGCCAGCAACGACGCCCACCAGCUCAUCCCCUCCCUCGGCGGCAAGCCAACGCUCAUCAACUACCUCUCGGGCCAGCGGCUCUUCCUCGCCCUCCCCGUCUUCCACGCCGCCUGCCUCACCUUCACCCUCGUGUUCAACAUCUUCGGCGGCGUAACCUGCGUC